CUCCUUUCAUUUUCUUUUACAGCUGUUAUAAGCAGAGGGGACUUGAGGAAGUAGAUGAAAACUGUGCUGUCUGAGGAGAAUCCUAGCUGCUGCAUCUAAGGGGGAGCUUUGUCCUCCUCUUUCCUCUCUCAGCCUCCUGCAGUGGGCACUGUCAGCCUGAGAUCUCUGCUGCCAGACAGUCCAUCCUCAGCUGAGCUGCUCCUGGUUUCAGGGUCACCGACUGGAAUAUGGGCAACCUACCAGGGACUAAAUCUCUAAAGAAGAAAAAGGCUGUUCCACUGCCAAGAGAUUACAAACACAAACUUCCUCAGACACGGACAGUCAACAUGGAGCAACAGUGUGGUCUAAUCACUGGUGACAUGGAGCCAGUACCACUGAAGAACAUCUCGGUAAACUUGUGCAUUAAUGACUUUGUGGCUGGUGUGUCUGCAACCUUAAAUUAUGAGAAUGAGGAAGAAGUCCCAGUAGAGGCCAUCUUUGUAUUCCCCAUGGAUGAAGACUCUGCUGUCUACAGCUUUGAAGCCUUGGUGGAUGGGAAGAAAAUUGUGGCAGAACUGCAGGAGAAGAUGCAGGCACAGAGAAACUAUGAGGAUGCCCUCUCCCAGGGCCACCAAGCUUACUUAUUGGAAGAGGAUGACUACUCCAGGGAUGUCUUUUCUUGCAAUAUUGGGAACCUCCUGCCUGGGGCUAAGGUGGGAGUUACGCUGAGGUAUGUACAGGAACUGCCUCUGGAUACAGAUGGUGCCCUGCGCUAUGUACUGCCAGCCAUCUUGAAUCCAAGAUAUCAACUCUCUGAACAGUCAGCAAACAGUUCUUUGAAUAUGAAGACUCCCAUAGUCCCUUUGGAGGCCCUGCCCUACACACUCAGCAUGGUUGCCACCAUCACUUCCCAGCAUGGCAUUGAGAGGGUCCAUUCCAACUGCUCCUUGGGUCCUAUUCAGUACCUUGCUGAUGGCAAGACUUCUGCUCAGGUUUCCUUGGCUGAAGGACACAAGUUUGAUCGGGAUGUGGAACUCCUGAUUUACUACAGUGAAGUGCACAGCCCCAGUGUAGCUGUGGAGAUGGGGAUGCAGGACAUGAAGCCAGACAGUUUGAUGGGUUCUCCUUCUGCAAUGGUGAGUUUCUAUCCAGAUCUCCCAGAAGUGGAGGGUUCAAGGGCCUGUGGAGAAUUUAUAUUCCUCAUGGACCGCUCUGGAAGUAUGGGAUCCCGCUUGAGCCACCACAAUGAUUCUCAGCUACGCAUAGAGGCUGCCAAGGAAACUCUGUUGCUGUUGCUGAAGAGUUUACCUAUGGGUUGUUAUUUCAACAUCUAUGGAUUUGGAUCUUCUUAUGAAAAAUUCUUUCCGGAGAGUGUGAAGUACACUCAGGAAACAAUGGAAGAGGCAGUGAAAAGAGUGAAGGAUCUGAAAGCUGACCUAGGGGGCACUGAAAUCUUGACACCACUCCUCAACAUUUACAAGGGACCCUCCAUUCCUGAGCAUCCAUUACAGCUCUUUGUCUUUACGGAUGGAGAAGUUGAUGACACAUUUAGCGUCAUUAAAGAAGUUAAGUUAAACAGCAAGAAGCACAGGUUCCAGGCCAUCAUAUGAUUCAAAAGUGGAACUAUAUUCAAUACUUUGUGAAGAUAUUUCGUCAAAAGGUCAUGAAAUGUAUGAUGAUGUAUGUUGUGAAGACUACUUUUCAUUGGAUUGUAUGGAAGAUACAGAAUCCAUGAGCAUGAUGAACAACUCAGAUUUUUCCACCAAGAAUCCCAAGUUGCAAAAUGACCACAAAGGUUUUGGAGAAAAUGCCAUUCUGCACCUGAUUUCCCUCCAAAAGGCAAAUGGCUCCUGGGAACUGGAUGAGGAACUGACUGAGAUCCUGGGCACUAGUUUGGAAGACAUAAAGGCUGCAAAUCCUGCCAAGGAUCAGGACCCCUCAGUCUGGGCCACAGUGCUGGCUGUGCUCUGGCUGCAUGCCAAUGGCAAAGACUUGAAGUGUGAGUGGGAACUUCUGGAAAGGAAGGCAGUGGCCUGGCUCCAUGACCAUGCAGACUCCUCCAACCCCAUGCUAGUGCAAGCUGCCAAUAGUUUUCUGAAACUGUCUGUGACUCCCGAUGACCUUGUCUUCUGAGACUGCAACCCAAGAAUCAAGAGUAUCACUUUAUUAUGACUAUGUCCCUCCCAUGUCCCUUGGCAGAGAUAGCAUUUGGUUUUUAUCUUUACCUUUUUCAUUCUUCUCAUAACAAUAAAGGCUAUCUGCCCAGGCUUGCUAAUCUAUUCCAGAGCCCAUUGGAUCUGAUAUACUAUCCCAUCAUUUCACCAGUGAGGAAUUAUUAUGGUCUCCCAUCAUGUCAUAUGCAGAAUGACACUUGAAGAUUUACAGAGAAAUUACAAUAAAAUAAGUGGCAUGAAAUUUUGAAUAAGCACUGUAACAUUGA